GUAAGUGGCUUUUGUCACCGUUGGCACCACCGGCGUCAGGAAGUGGGGACAACUUGUGCAUGGUGCCAACUCCUCCUGCCCCGCCAUGGCGGACUCUGGGGAAGGUAGCAACACCAUUGGCAAAGCUAUGCCCCAGCUUCUGGCACAACCGCAGAGGCUCGAGCCCCGCGUGGCCCGCAGACGUCUGUCCCAGGCCCGCCACCGAGCCACCCUGUCAGGACUCUUCAGCCACCUCAGGAAAACUGUCUACUCCCACUCUGACUUCACAGCCUCAAAGUGGCAGAUUCUGAAUAGAGCGAAGAACCACAUCCAUGAACUGGAGCAAACCCUGGAUAGUCUGCUGAAGCUGAAAGAAUCCCUCAACCUGAUGGAUGGGCAUGCCAACAGCCUGGAGGAGGCCAAGGAGGAAUAUGCCAACGUGUAUUCCAAAGUUCAUAGCCUGGUAUUAAAUCCAGUUGAUCAGGAAGGCUAUGCUGUCUGGUACCCCAUGGAGACAGUUGGAAAGAAUGCUGGGGAAGAAGAGGACGAGGAGGAAGAGGAGGAGGAAGAUCAAGAGGAAGGAGAGGAGGAGGAAGUAGAUGAGGAAGAAAAAAAAGUGAAUUUCUUCCAGUCCCCAGUCAUCUUGUCACCAGAUCUCAUGGAAUUUGAACGAUAUCUCAAGUUUUACAAGCAGACAGUGGACCUCCUGACUGAGAACGGGAUUGUCUCUGCUCAGGAAGUGAUGCUCCCCAUCGUCUCUGCUGCCAUCUCCCACCUGUGGCAGACCCUCCCUGAGGAGAUGAAGACCAGCCUCCUGCAGACCUGGUCUCAGAAUCACAGCGACCUCCAGGCCCUCACAGGGGCCUGUCAGGAGCAGGAGCCCAUCUGCACUCAGGACAGCGUGAAGGACAGUGGAGUCGAAAGCCAAGGGGCCAGCUGCUCCCUUUUCUCCACCCCAGAAGAGAUUCUUUUCGAAGAUGCCUUUGAUGUGGCAAGUUACAUAGGCAAAAGUGAGGCUCCAAGUAAAUCUAGCCCCAGUUCAAUGCUUGCUGGCUGCAACCUAGAAAACCCAGAGGAGAAAUUUCAACUCUACAUGCAGAUCAUUGAUUUUUUUAAAGGCCUUUGCUGCAUCAACACUCAGUUCAAGGAGGAGGAAACAAACCUUCCCACCGAUGAUGAGAUGAUGCUGCUGAGGUGCCUGGAGACCUUUGAAGAUGAAGAUGUGUAAUGCUGAAGGGCAGGAGGGGAAGGGAACAAAUGAGGAGAAGUUGCCAUGUUUGAGCAUCAAUAUUCAAAGUUGGAUCUGCUGAAGUUUCUGCAGUGUUUUGUCUCUGGAGCAUCUUGAUGGCUUUAGUUUUUGAUGAUUAAAAAAUGUUGAAGAGCA